UAUAAAGAAGGUUUCCUUUGUUUUACCCCACCUUCUUCACUACGCGAGAGAGUUAUAACAUGUAAAGGCACUGCAAAACAACAAAAAAUUACUCCUUCGUCUUCUUCAACCUCAACUUCUGUCUCCACCAACUUAGAUUUAGAAAUUGUUCAAAAAGUUUUUGGUUCGCUACCAGAAAAAACAAUGGAUUUUGAAUUCUUUGAC